CAGCCACGACAGCCACGACAAGACGGACGUAAAGUUGACGAGCUGUGAGCGUUAAGCGGCCGGCCAUCUCUUCCAGCAAAAGGAGAAAAAAGAACAAUGAACUCCGGACCGGUCUCUUCAAGUCCGGCUUCGGGGUCAGCUUCGACUUCCACUUCGAGGCCCACCAUCGGGGUUCCAGAGCGGAAGUAUAUCCCCUACCGCCAAGGAGCCGAGGAGCAGCUGAAACUGACCGUGGGGAACAGGGCUGGUAGGGCCCUAAAAGCCCCAACAGCCCCAGUCAUGUCAUCAUCAGUGGCCCUGGUGGAGACGCUGUUGGCGCCGGAGCCAGGGCCGGAGAGGGCAUCCUCACCGCGAUACUGCAGCGCUCUCCGGGAGAGAUGCGUGUCACUGUCCGAUGGCACCGUGACAGCGACACCGACCAGCAGCGUCACAUGGCAGGAUCAAGAUCGCAGAAAGAAGCGGACGGGCGUCGGGUCCUUGGCCAUCUCUGCGCCGUACAAGAAAGGGCACAGGAGAUCACCGGCCACGGCAGCCGCCGACUGGGGGGGUGGAAAGAAAAAGUGGAAGAGAAGCAGGAACCCGCGGUGGAAGGAGAAUCUCGACCAUUUGCUGGAAGUUGAAGUGGAAAUCGAAGUGGAAGCUAACACUGCAGACGCUGCAGGCACCUGCACCGCAGGUACGAAUGUUACCACCCCCCUGCUAGUGGCUCAGGUACCCCAAUCAGCACCUGCAGCGGCAGUGGUACCUGGGGCUGUACCCUCACCGACUACCGGUAGCGGUACCUCCCAGUCUUGGUUGACUUUUCCAAAAACUGGAAAAGAGGGAAACAAGCCGUCUCUCCCGUCCAAGCCGCCCUUGCACCACCUGCUGCCCUGCAAUUCCAACGCUCGGCCGGGACAAGACAACAAUGACGUGAAUCGCAACAAGUGGGAGGGAGUCCCCGGCUCUGACGGCGACGGCCGGGGUUUGGGGUCCAAGCCAGCUUCAAGUUGUUGGUCUUCAAGUUCUACUUCACCGUCACUACUUCCCCAUCUCCCCCCUCUUUCUUCCCCCGCGUUGAGACCCAGACUUCAGCUUCAAGCGUGCAUAAGCUCAAGGGCUGGCGAGAACGUGGACGAUCCCCAACAUUCCAAGGGAAACGAGGAUGGGUCAAGUCGCAGCAGAAGCAUCAGCAGCAGCAACAGCCUGAGUCGACACCAACAAUCGCGCAAUAAAGGAGGCAACCAAUACAAAGACAAACUUGAAAAGGACGCCGCCGUCUUCUUGUUGGAGAAAAAGGGCCCCUACCUCCCCGUGCCAAUCUCCCCCUCGUUCUCAUCAUCCGAGCCGGCGCACCCCUCGCCCACCACCACGACACAACAGCAGCAUCCCACGCGGAAGCAGACGCAGACGCAGAAGCAGACGCACUCGUACCUGGGCCCGGACCUGCAGCUAAAUCUGCACACAAACCACCACCCAAACUUUCCAGCCCCAGUGCGCUUCCUUGUCUCGGCCACUGCCACGGACUGUGCAGAGGUCGAUGUGGCCAAAGAGACACGCAAUUGGCUUGAACAAGUAUUCAAAGACACGGUCGGCGACACCACCGCCCGGGAACGGGAACUCACACACGGCCAGGACCAUCACCACUCUUUUUUGCUACCACUGCCGCUUGUCUCUGGGUGGGACCAUAACCCGUUCGAUCCCGCAACCGGUCACGGCCGUCAACCCGUCAACGGAGCUGCCGAAGAACGACCCCGCUCACCCCGUACGGCGCAGAUUAAGGGUCAGAUUAAGGGUCAGGAGGGCCUUGCUCCCGACAAGGGAUCUAACCUGAACGGCACCAAGGGCACCACCAACAACACCACUGGGGCCGACGGCUUGGCUUCACAAACCUCGCAAACCUCGGUGCCACGAUUAGACACGGGAGCCGACAGUCAAACCCUUGCCGAACGGUGCAAGCUGGAGACCGACAUGAUCAUGGACCACCAACAUCUGCACCGCCACCAGUCCUCAGCCGUGCCGCCCUCGCCCGCACCCUCUCACUCUUCUUUCUCCCUCAGAGGCAAAAAUCGGGUUUUUGGAAAACUACCUUUUCUCUCACGCGGUCGCAAGCCAGAAGGUCCAACCCGCAUCGAGAUCGCCUCUCCGACUUCCCCUUCUCAACCAAAACCUCCAACUUCUCCAACUUCACCAGUUUCCCCGGCCUCCUCCAUGGGUGCCCCCAUUGACAAGACCCGAUCCAGGAGUCGGGAUGCGAGGACGUAUGCUGGCUCUGGAGGGCGCGGCAUUGUACCAGUUCAAGAUGAGGUGCCAAAGGGGGCCAUCAAUGGCGCUGACAGACGCGUUACCGUUCGCUGUAAGGGCGUGACGGUGGAUCUCAAGGUUGAGGUUGAUACUACUACUGUGGACAUCUUGUUGGCUUAUGCCGACAAGACAGGCCUUCCCGUCAAUGUCAACACCAGCAUGGUCAUCGAGGCGUAUACCCCCCUGGGUCUCGAGCGACGCCUUCGUCGCUAUGAACGUAUCCGUGAUGUAUUAAACUCUUGGGACCAAGACAUGCAGAACGUUUUGAUUAUCCAGACCGAAAACGACCGCAGCGACGAGAACCUAGACCUCGCCAGUGUUCCUCGCGAACACAAGAUACCUACUGGCUUUGUCCUUCCACUUCAGCACUCCCACAGGCCUGGGAAAUGGACCAAGCGUUAUAUCACAUUGCUAGAAAACGGACAACUGGUUUCGUCCAAGAAGCCCGACGCAAAACUAUCAGACAAGGACGUCUUGAGCAUCUGCCAUCUAUCUGAUUUCGACAUCUACACGCCGACCGAAGCACAGAAGCGAAAGGAGCUACGACCACCCAAGAAACAUUGCUAUGCAAUCAAAAGCCAGCAGAAAACCACGAUUUUCAUGUCGACAGAUAAUUUCGUCCACUACUUCAGCACCGAGGACGCCGCGGUUGCCCAUCAGUUUUCUGCUCGCGUCCAAGCCUGGCGAAGCUGGUAUCUGGUUAACAAGGUAUUGCAGCUGCAUAAGAAAAGGCAAGAGCGGGAUGCAGAGAAACCGCCUCAACUCUCUUCUUCGCCGCACAAACCAAGAAUGGCAGUUAAAGAUGUCAAUGUGGAUGAUGGCCACAAGAUCAGAGUUUCAGUCGACGAGUCUCCUUACCCGAUCGGUACAUUCAAGCCCCUAAUCGACCUGCAGCGUUUCGACAAGCCCAUCGAUGAGUUUGGCAAGGACUGGGAAGCCGACCGAUCCAGACAACAAGCCCCGCCGCUACCAUCACUUGAUAAGCUCCAGAAAGUCAGAAGAGCUACACAAGAAGAGCAAGAAGCACCAUUUGGCACGAGCGGUUUGCUUGGGAACAUAUAUGAAGAGCGAAAACAGGCGCAGAAGGAAGAGGAGAGAAAGAAACCGGAGGUCGUCACCGACAAUCCCUUUACCGAUCGACCCAGCCUUUUGAAUGGCGGAUUGGUAACUUCGCCAACUGAGGAGACCGGACAGCACGAUGGACGAUCCGAACCAAAGGCAUGGCUUCCUUCGGCAGUUGAACACACCGCCACGCAGCGCAGCACAAGAGCACCCUCUGUUCGUCGCAGUGCUCCGUCUAAUCAGCCGCCGCCAUCUCAGUACGCUCCAUCGCAUUAUGCGCCAUCACAGUACGCACCGUCCCAGUACGACCGUGGGCGUGAAACGCAUCGUCGUCAGCAACCGAACCAGCAGCGAACACCCAGCGGGCCUCUUGUCGACCUAACUCCGAAAUUCGUUGAACCACCCCAAUGGUCGCGCGAAGGUAAAGGACGAGGUGUGAGGGCCCCAGAAGGCAUGCCGUUGGUCGACAUGGCCACAGGAUUCCAAUUGGCUCCCGGUGCCAAACCUCUCGACCUGCCACCCCGAACACUUGUUAGACGGGAACCGAGCAUGCGAACCCCUGGUUCUCGGCCAGGAACUAGUGGCGGCCAAGCACCGCCAGGUUCCAGUGCAGGUAGUGUCCGAGCCGUUAGUCGGGCUCCCUCGGUGCGGAGCAGGAUGACGAGUCGAGACGGGACUUCUGGGGGUAUGAGGAGCGUGUCAGGAUCGGCUUAUCCACCACCUGUACCUCCUAUACCCGGCUCAGUCCUCGGCAACGGGCCGAACUAUCCGCCCCCCUCGUCCAGAGGUAGAGAUACAGAAGGUUACCGUCCCCGUUCGUCGUCUGGUGGGCCACAACCCCAAUCGAAGCAAGGUUCUCCUCCGUCCUCCGGGUAUGAACACGAUCGUCAACGGACCUUUUCUUUGAGAAACCAGCCACAUCCGCUACUGUCAUUCGAUGAGGCCCUAGAUGAACCGCGAGGUCUCCUUGGAAAGGCAGACAGAAGCAACACUGACUCCAUGCAACGAGCACGGAGUGUCCGAGUGGGCAAUUCUUCCGGCCGCGCGAGAAAUGGGAGCAUUUACAAUUACUGAUUGGCAAGAUAUGUGUUUAAAGAGCUUUCCUUGGACUGUAUAACGAAAACUUAUUAUGACUUAACGCCGAUCACGAGUUUCCGACCGUUUCUAAAACAAUGUAUGGGUUUCUGUUGGGUUAUUUCAUGCUGUUCAACGGCUCAUGUAAAGGAUGUUUUUGUCACAGGUGGUACGAACGGAAGUUAUGGCU